AAAUAAAAAGACAUCCUUUGAUGAGUUGGAGACAGGAGAUGAAGUCACCAGACCAGCCUCACCAGACUCUUCAGAGGCAGAAGAUGCCCCUUCACCAGAACCAGGCUACAGCCUCUGUGGAACACAACUCCCCAACCCCGACCUCUGCCCGCUUCUAGCUGGUGAAGCCUGAGCCAUGUGCGAGGGACCCUCCAAGAUCUCGGGGCCCAUCCCCCCGGACCCUACGUUGUUCCCCGACUACUACAAGCGCCCGGCCACAGCCCGAGGCCGCCUAGAGGGAAGUGCUCUGAAGCUAGGCCUGGAGCCCCCCUGUCAGAGCACCCCCCUGGACCAGCCUGCCCCUCGAAUCCGCCCUGCAUCCCAGCAGGACAUGGUGGGUGUUCUGCUGCAGCUCCAGGAAGUCUCGCUGGACAGGGAGCCCUGCUCCAAGAGGAAAGACCCAAAAAACUAUGAGAAGGAGAAUGUGAGGCGGAUUCGAGAGAUCCAGAAAAGGUGCCAGGAACAGGAGAGGGGACGAGACCAUGGUCGGCCAAAGCCUCUCAAGGCCCUGUGGCGAUCCCCCAAGUAUGACAAAGUAGAAUCCCGGCUAAAAGUCAAACUGCAGGAGCCCUCCCCUGCCCCUGGACCAGAGGUGCCAGCAUUCCUGCGGGCGUAUUCCCGCUGUGGACCCGGGGUGCAGCCUCGUCGUAUGGCUUCCUCAGGCCUGGCUUUGCCCAGUACUGAUGGGUCCCAACCACCAGGCCCUGAUGCCAAGGAGCAAGGUGCCCCUGUGGACUUUAUCACUCAUAAUGCUCGUACAGCCAAAGCCGCCCCUCGGCGGCGGUCACGCUCCCUCCAGUGUCUGGCUGAGGUGCAGGAGCAGCAGCGACGGGCCCAGGAGGAGUACAACAUCAAGCAGAAAGGCCAUGUACCCCACUACCUGGUGGAACGUAAAGAUAUGUGGCGCCGAGAAGCUGAAGAACGCCUUCGGAACCAGCCUGACCCUGACUUACCCCCAGGUCAUACCAUGAUGCCUGAGAGCCAGCGCCUGGAUACCUUGAACUCCCUUCUCCAGAGCCAACAAGAACUGCUUCGAGAGCUGGUGCUGCUGCCUUCUGGGGCAGACUCCCUUCGAGCCCAGAACCACAAGGCUGAGCUAGAGAAGAAACUCUCCCAGGUGGAGGAGGCUCUCAAGAUCUUUUCCCGAUCAAAAGUCUUUGUCAAGAUGGAUUCCUGAGAUCUUUCCUUUUGGCCAUAGGAUACUCUGAGGAGAACAGUGCCUCAAGGCCUGCAGGGCAGGAGCUGUCUGACUCCUGGAAGGGAAGACACUGGCACUUGUGACCCUGGCCCAACAUACAGUGGUAACCCUUUGGGCCCCACAAAGUUGCAGCAGAAGAAACAGACCCAGGGAGCUGCUGUUAAGAAUUUUUUUUUCUGUUUUUAAAUUAAACCUUUUUUAUAUGA